CAAUCAGCAAGACGCAUCCGUAAUAUCCCCGCAGCAAGACGACUGCGCAAAUACCGUUAUCCACCAGCGGACGACACCGCAUACCUUCUCAAAGAAAGACGAGCAACUGGCAACAACCCCUGUCGUGAACAUACAAAACAACUCUCAAGAGCAAACCAGCAUCGUGGACGUUUGAGAAAAUGCUCGCCGGAUUCUCGAAUAAUUUCCGCAUGUGGAUGCCAAACAUGCCCAUGAUGUUGGUAUCCGCCAAAAAUGCCACCGCGAGACAACCAGCACGGGCUACCUUCCGUGUGCUGCCCCGAAUGACAAAGCACGAGAUCAAAGAAUACCUGACAAAAAUAUACGGCCUUCCGGUCCAAAAGGUCAACACGGCAAACUAUCUCGGAAAACGAAAGCUGGUGAGGGGAUCCAGACAGGUCAUACGAUACAAAUACGCAGAUUUCAAAAAGGCCGUGGUGUCUUUCGAUAGAAGUUUCACCGACGUAGGUGUCGGGUUGCGCAUACCAGAAAUCGACGACGAUGAACCUGAACCUUAGGUCCUGGCAAACGAAACGAAGACAAAAAUGCAAACACAAAUUUGUUGAGACAGUCGAAAGCAUCACCUGAGAGUACAUAAGAUAAUGCUUUCAAAUUCACUAAUGGAUUCCACACUCCUUGUACACGAGGACUGCAGAACAACCCAAAGUAAAAACAAUUUGUAGUGAAUAAAUAAUUUUAGAAAUG